UAACCCUAUUCUUGGAAUAAUUAAAUAUUAAUAUUGUUAGUUUUCCUCGAGGGAAGUUGCAAUAAUGAAAAGAUCGAAUUUACCACAACAGCUCUACACCUACAAUGAUUGACAGCUUGACAUAUGAUUGACAGCUUCACAUAUGAUUGACAGCUUGACAUAUGAGAAGGAAGAAAAUGAAAUGUCUAUCAAUGUCAUUUAAUAAUUUACAAUGCGGCAAAGAAUGAAGUAAAAUAGGGAAUUUAAUUCACUUGCUAACUCGAAGACCUCAGAAUCAAGAGAGAUUAUAACAAUGGAUAUUUUUGACGAACCCAACUACAGAAUAGUAAAGCACAGUUCUUGUUUGACCGGUCAAUGGCCGUAUCAGUCUCGGCAGAAAAAGAUUAUUAUAAUCACUAUCAUAUGGAUUGCUUUCUUUAUGCAAUUUAUUCCACAACUUAUAGCUAUUCUGGUACAUUUAGAAGAAAGGGAUGUUCUAUUUGAAGCUUUUUCGGGGAUAAUUAUAGAUUUGGGUUUUGCAAUCAAAUACUUCAAUGCAAUCUACAAAACAGCUCAGAUGAAAGAAUUAUUCGAACGUAUGAGACGUGAUUGGAGAUCACUAUUGAACGAAGAAGAAAAAGAUUCACUACAAUAUCGAACAACCCUCGGUUAUUUAUUUUCAGCUGCAUAUGUAGGUAUUGUCGGUACGACAUUGAUGAUUUUUAUAACGGAACCGAUUAUUCCAAGAUUUUUAAAUAUACUCUUAAGAAUGAACGGAACUGCUCCACGGAAAUUCGCUCUUCCGUUGGAGUACAUAAUAAUUGACCGAGAGAAGCAUUACUGGACAAUUUUAUUUAUAUCAAAUCUAUUUUGUAUUAACAUUAUAGUUGUCAUCAUUUCAUGUGACAUCACGUUAAUUACCUAUGUGCAACACAUUUGUGGAUUAUUUGCAGUUAUAGGAUGUCGACUAAAAAAUACACCGGCCGAUGAAGAUCUUCCGGAAGACCAUAAAAGGAGAAAUAAUUUGUCAAACACGAAAAAUAUUCCUUACAAACAUUUGGUGUCUUGCAUCAGGGGCCACAGGCAAGCUCUAGAGUUUGCUGAUCUUCUCGAAAGUGCUUAUUCUGUAAGUUUAGCAUUGAUUGUAGGAUCCAAUCUGCCACUCAUAACUAUCACCGGAGUUCAGGUAGUAACACAAUCCAAUACAAUAGACAAGACAUUGAAAUAUUCAACAUACGCCAUUUCUCAGACGGCACAUCUCUUUUUUGAAUGUUUUAUGUCACAACAGUUAACGGACAUGAGUUUAGAAAUGCACGAAAGCAUAGCUGAUGUAGGUUGGUACGACAUCUCCGUAAAGUCACAAAAAUUGCUAAUAUUAAUGACAUUGAGAAGUCAGACACCUUGUAAAUUGACUGCUGCUAAAAUAAUGGAUUUGUCCAUUGAAAAUUUCGCAGCGAUGUUGAAAACAUGUGCAUCGUACCUCACGAUGCUUUUAUCGAUGCAGUAACAAACUUUUACAUUCUUCACUAUACAGAAAAGUUCAGCUGAGUGUAGGGUUGAUUAAAUUUUGUUGUAGUAACACAAAUAAUUAUAUAGUUAUUGUUUUAUGAAAAUAUAAGAUAUAAUGAAAGCUUAUUAUUUAGUCAUUUCAUCCGAAAUAAAUACUUAUU